AUGCCAGUAGGGGAUCGCGGCGGCGCACGCGCGGGAGCUCCAGGAGGAUGCGCGGGAGCACGAGGGAGGACGCACGCGGGGGCUCCAGGAGGAUGCGCGGGGGCUCCAGGAGGGAAGCGCGCGGCCUCGAGGAAGACGUGGCAGGAGAUCCCGCGAAGCCCGCAGGCAGCGGGAGGAGACCACGGCGGCGCAGGUCUGGGCUGCGGCGGCAGAGGAGGUAAUUGGCGAAGGCGGCGAGAGCAGAUUAUGGAUGGAGUGCUGCUUCAUCGGUAUCUAAAGCAGACAGCCCACUCUGCCGACAUGAUGUUAGUUCCCAUGGUGGCAAAGAAGCAAGAUAUCUGGAUCCAGUCCUUCCAGAGGUAUGUUCUGCAAGUUUGGUGUCGUAUAUAUUCAUUACUACAGAUGCAAGACGCUGCCUGUGCCGCCUGUGUUUCUCGCUCCUUCCUAGGCUACUGGAGAUGCUACCCCAAUCUCACCUUCACCAAUGAAACAAUGUGCCCUAAAGAAAAUCUAAAGACAGCGGGAUCAAAUGUUAUAAGAGACUACAACAACCAAAUCGACCGUGUUCUGACGAACCGCUCGAGCGCUGAUGCUGUGGCGAAACUCAAGCUUGACUACCAUGUUCCUCCUGAUGGCGCUGAAUCGUAUCAUUGUCUUGAUAGCUGGCUCCAGAUGGCUGUUACGCCGAGGACCAAAGAACUCGAGCUUCUAGUAUGGUCGAAAGAGGCGAGCUUUGAUUUCCCAUGCAUACUACUAUCUGACAUGUGUGGGGGCUCGAUUCAGAAGCUUUUGCUUUUCAAAUGCGCCUUGCGUCCCACAUCUCAACUUGGUUUGAGAAGCCUCAGAACACUGCAUCUGCGUGAUGUGCGUGUCACAGGGGAGGAAUUAGGGUGCCUUCUGUCCAGUUCCAUUGCUUUGGAGCACCUGAAGCUUGUAUACUGCGAUGAUAUAGUUCGCCUGGAGAUACCUUGCCUGUUGCAGAGGCUUAGCUUCCUGGAGGUGGCUGGAUGCAUGAAUCUUCAAGUGAUAGAGAACAAAGCUCCAAAUCUCUCCAAAUUUUACCUUGGAGCAGGUGAACGGGUGCAAGUCUCAUUUGGAGAGUCGAAAGUGAAGAAAGUGGAGUUGGUGCAGAGCCGUGCCAUCAGUUAUGCUACUGACAACCUUCCUUCACGUGUGCCGAAUCUCGAGACUCUUACCAUAUGUUCUACUUGUGAGAUAGUCAAUUCUCCAAUGGCAUCCGGCAAAUUCCUCCACCUCAAGUUCUUGAGUAUUCUUCUUAUGAGUGGAUCUAAUUUUGACAAGGACUACGAUUAUUUAUCGUUGGUUCCUGUUUUCCAAGCAUCUCCUUCCCUGGAGACGUUUCGCUUGUUUGUAUGGGAACACUCCAUGUAUCACUGGUUUGAGGGAGAUCCUGCCUCUCUUAGGCGACUGCCACAACACUGCCAUGGGAACCUCAAGAGUGUGAAGAUCAUUGGUUUCUUCCCCCAAAAGAGCAUGAUUGAGCUGGCAUGCCAUCUUCUCGAGAAUGCAACAUCACUUGAGUCCCUUACAGUGGAUGCUAGUCCUGCUAAUUACCGGUGUUCUGGCAAGGGCAGGAAAUGA